UCUCUUGCUCUUUUCGUAAAAAUGUAAUGCUCAAUCUGCUGAAAAUGUCAUUUUUCACUUUGGCUGGCUGACGUCUGAACAUUGUCAACACAAAAUUCACGCUAACGGGUACCAGUUGUGACAGUGUUAACUCGAGAAACUCGCAGUCAUUGUCUUAUCUAGGUCAAACAAAGCACUGCCAAUCAACACUUUAAUGCCUUCACCUGGAAUCUCUUAUCAGUGCGAGAAUUUACACCUAAACCCCUAGAUCGCCAACAUCGUUCCUAGCGUAGUAUAGUAAGCAAACGACUAUUGCAAUGAACGAUCAGGAAAUCGAGGAAGCAUUCCAGUUGGCGGUGAAGUUAACCAAACAGUGCGGUCCCAUCGUGCUGGAGGGUUUCCAGAACUCGCUGAAACAUGUCGAAACCAAGGGCCGUCACUGGGAUAUAGUGACCGAGUACGACCGGCGGGUGGAGGAUGUCCUUAUUAAGGGACUGUUGGAACGCUUCCCAUCUCAUCGGAUGCUGGGUGAGGAGUCUGCAAGUGAUGCAAACCAGAAGGAGCCGCUAGACAAAAGACCAACGUGGAUUAUUGAUCCCAUCGACGGGACGAAUAAUUUUGUGCGGGGUGUAAAGUUCAUUGCUAUUUCGGUGGCGCUAGUAGUGGACGGUGAUUUGAAGAUUGGAAUUAUAUCAAAUCCUUGUCUGGAUGAGUUUUACACCGCGGUCAAAGGGAAAGGUGCGUUCUUGAAUGGCAAACAAAUUCACACUAGCGGUAUCGAAGAGUUGAAAAGCGCCCUGGUAGGUCAUGAAUUUUCCAUCGCAAGCUAUCUAGCCGCCCGUCCUUACAUAUUCGGCCGUGGAAUCGAGUUCAUUAAAGAGUGCACUGGACUGCGAGCAUUCGGUUCGGCCGCUCUCACAUUGGCCUAUGUCGCUAGCGGCAAUAUCGAUUGUUACAGCAUAGAGCAUCUUAAACCAUGGGACAUCGCAGCCGGAGCACUGCUGGUACGGGAGGCAGGAGGCGUCGUGACGCAUAUUAACGGUGGCCAGUACGACAUCCUCAAGCCGGACAUUAUCGCAGCCAGCAGUGAAAAGUUAGCCCAGCGUGUGCUGGAGAUUGUUCUUCGAGUGGAAGAGGACGUAAAACAAAAGCAAUAAACUUUUCUCAUUCAUAUAACAUAUUACAACUGAAUUCAGAUUAAAGAAUAUUGAUACAUA